AUGGAUGCGAUCCGCGUCCCAAAGGUUGAGCAUGUUACCUGUACCAAAGGAGGACAAUUAUCAACCGGAACAUUACACCUAACUGCACACCAUCUCAUAUUCCGUCAUGACGAGGGCGAGGAGAUGCUACCAUCCAACUUGCAAGGGCAAACUCCCCUUACCCUGAGGACGCGUACUUUCGAGACAUUUACGCUCACUUUCACGACUGAGAGCGAUGCUCUAGAUGUAUUUGACAGUGUCAAGGAGCUUACAGUGGCUACAUCCGUGACACAGCUGUAUGCAUUCUUCUAUUCACCAAAUCCACCAUUCGCUGCCAACGAUGGAUGGUCCUUCUACUCUCCCCGAGAAGAGUUCGGACGCAUGGGUGUCGGUACCCGUACCAAGGCUUGGCGUUUUACCGACGUUAACAAGGAUUACUCAUUUUGUCCGACUUAUCCCGCCAGGCUCGUUGUACCCACGAGAAUCAGCGAUACGACAUUGCAAUAUGCUUCCAAAUAUCGCAGCAAGUGCCGUAUACCGGCGCUUGCCUACUUGCAUUGGGGAAAUUAUGGCACGAUCACUCGAUCUAGCCAGCCUAUGGUCGGAUUGACCCAGAGCCGUUCUGUGCAAGACGAGAAACUGAUUGAGGCGAUCUUCCAAUCACAUCACAAUCCGGAAUCUCGUGUUGCCCCUGGACCUGUCUACGGCGCGACCAGCACCAAUAUCAUCAUCGACGCCAGGCCCACUACCAAUGCCCUGGCGAACUCUGCGAAGGGAGCCGGCACCGAGAACAUGGAUCACUACAAGGAAGCAAGAAAGGCAUACCUGGGAAUCGAUAAUAUCCACGUCAUGCGGGACUCCCUUUCCAAGGUCGCGGAGGCUCUGUUUGAGAGUGCUGCCACGGGAAACGAAGCUUCGGGCGCCAUUGUUCCUCCACUCGAUCGCCAGGCUCUGCGGCGAUCAGGGUGGCUACGACAUAUUUCGGCUAUCCUCGAAGGAACGGUGCUCAUAGUGCGGAACAUUCACGUGAACUCCUCACACGUCCUGGUGCACUGCUCCGAUGGCUGGGACCGAACCGCCCAGCUGUCGUCACUGGCGCAGCUGUGCUUGGACCCGUAUUAUAGGACCGUCCGCGGAUUCCAGGUCCUCAUAGAGAAGGACUGGAUGUCCUUCGGCCACAAAUUUCUUGACCGAUGCGGUCACCUAUCCUCGGAGAAGUUCUUCCUUUCACCGGUGGAAAACUCCGGAGGUGGCGGCGGGGCUGAAGCUGCGCAAGCCUUCUUUGCAUCCGUCCAGAACCGGUUUGUCGGGCAGAGUCACCUGAAGGAGACGAGUCCGGUGUUCCACCAAUUCCUCGAGAGCGUGCGCCAGAUCCAACGGCAGUUCCCGGAGCGCUUCGAAUUCAACGAACGCUUUCUGCGGCAGCUGCACUAUCACCUCUACUCGUGCCAAUUCGGCACGUUCUUGUUCAACUCUGAGCGAGAAAGACGAACGGCCGAACAAGGACCUCCACCCUGCGAUCGGACAGCAAGCAUUUGGGACUUCUUGAACUCCCCUCCCGAAAAUGAACUCAAUCUUAACCCUUUAUACGACCGGAGCCUGGAUGAUCCAAAGAGUAGAGCAGCCAAAGCUGACAUGGGAGUCCUUUUCCCCAAUACUAAGGAUGUCAAAUUUUGGAACGAGUUGUAUGGACGAACAGAUGACGAGAUGAACGGGCGCAUCGUGAUAGGACAGGCACAAAACCUCGAACUAGUGGGCCCCGUGGACGACUCCUCCGAUGACUCUGUUACACGAGCCCUCACCCCUUCCUCUGCCCCCCUCUCCCCUGGCACUCCGUCUCGGACGUCGACCCCGAGUCUAUCUGUAUCAGAGUUGAAGAACACAGAGGCAUCUCUGUCCAGCACGGAGGAUCUGAAUGGGUCGCGACACACUGCAUCGACAUCCGAGACAAGCUACAAGCCUUAUCCCAGUUCAGCUUCCGCCUAUACCCUCCGACGUCCUGUGGAUAGCGUCCCGCGAUCACCAUCGCCCGCUAAUGGUGGUCGGCGGACGACCGGUAUGCCGGACGUCCUUGGUGCGGGGGUAAAGUCGGUGUGGGGCAGGUUCUCCUCAAACGCCAGCGCGGCUCUGAGCGCUGUUCAGGGCGCGUAUGACGGGGUCGCGAAGGAUUUCCGGACGCUCUCCAUCUCGCCUAGCGCUGGCGAAUUGAGGGAGAAAGAGCUGCAAAGUCCAGAGCAAUGGACGACCUCUAUCCCUUCACCGGACUAUGCUGCCGGACCGUCGACUGCGAAGGUUCCAACGGCCACCACCGCAAGCACGCCUUCGAGCAAUCCAUGGAACACCGAGAGCAUUGUACGUGUGCCAUCGAUGGCUCUCGACAAUCCCUGGGGUUCUGUCCGUUCUCCCCCUGCCGAUUCACUAUCGAGCAGUGGCCAUCCUGCGUUGGACGAACUGCCUCUGUUUGAUCCCCUGCCCCCGCCAUCCUCGGAGCGUGCAGGGAUAUCAAAUCUCCCAAUCAGUCAACCUGGCUCGCGGCCGCAAUUGCAACCUAGUUCUCAGGGCCCCUCUUCAAAGCCGAUUGUCGCGCAGGAAGUACCCACGAUUUCGUCAACGACCUCGCCCAAUCUCAGCCGAGGAACGACGAGUGUCACUUCGCCAGGCUUGAAUGAGACUCCACGGGCUGCCGACUCGGAUCCUCUGGGUGUGGGUUUCUCGUAAUAGAGACAGUUUGACACAUCGGGCUCAUGUUUCCCUCAUGUACGAUUAUCUCUCGCCACGUAUCGCAACCGUAGAAUACAUUGAUGUAUCAGAAGCUUUCCGUUCUACUACCGUCCCU